AACUACCCUCCACAAACACACAGACUCUGUCUAGUCUCGACGCUCAACCCACACAGUGGGUUUUCCAGACCAAAGUCAAGCCAUGAAAUCGAAGACUUCAUUCGGGGAGGAGCUUCAACUAAAGUCAGCGUUCAACUGAGAGACUGAGUGUUAAGCUUUGAUUUCAAGAAUGUCUACUUCGGGAAAUGAAGAUCAGAAUCAGAGGAAUACUCCAGUCAUGGAAGAUUCACCUUCAAUGAGAAUUGAAUUUCUUCGGGCACGAUUACUGUCUGAAAGAUCAGUCUCACGGACAGCAAAGCAGAGAGCUGAUGAACUGACCAAGAAGGUUGCAGAACUGGAGGAACAGCUAAAUACUGUCUCUCUUCAAAGAAAGAAAGCUGAGAAAGCCACUGCAGCUGUGCUAGCCAUUUUAGAGAACCAUGGUAUCGGUGAUGCUUCAGAUGGUUUUGACUCAUGCUCUGACCAGGAUGCCGUGAUGUGUGAAUCUAAUGUUUCUGAUAGUAAAGACGAGCCCAAGGAAGCGAGGGAUAAUGAUGGAGAAACCUACUCAAGCUCUGAGAUUGACUCUUCUCCGUCUACUGGUAGAAGCUUGUCAUGGAAAAGUGAUAGAGACUCUCUGCAUUCUUCGAACAGGAAGAAAUACAUAGAUUCUGCCAGAAGAUCUAGCAGUUUUGCAUCAACUGGUACUUCAUCCAAACAUGUUGGUAAAUCAUGUCGGCGGAUAAGGCGCAGGGAAACAAGAUCUACUGUUGAAGAAUCAUAUAACAAAACUAGUAUGCAUGCUGCUCGGGAUAAUUCAGGAACUACACACACUCAGGAUCUUCUUGGAACGGCUGACUUUGGUACUGAGUCACGUAGAGAUGGCCUUGAACACCAUGCUAAAAGUGGCCAAUUGGAAUUUCCAGCUUUUCAGGUACUCGAAAAUCAAAACUGCACACAUGAAGGUGAUGGAGACAUGGAAAAAGCUUUACAACAUCAAGCAAAACUUAUAGGUCAAUAUGAAGAUGAAGAGAGAGCGCAGAGAGAAUGGGAAGAAAAGUACAGAGAGAAUUCCAGCUUUAUGCCGGAUUCAUGUGACCUGGGAAACCAUUCAGAUGUGACUGAAGAAAGAGAUGACAUGAAAGCAUCUGAACAACCAUCCUCUUCUAAGACGUUAUGUUCCCGAGACCAAGAAUGCAAGCCAGAGAGAGUAGAUAGACACUCUAGUGGAGUGCAGGAAGCUCCUAAUGAUUUCCAACCCCCUGCACUUGACAAAAUGAAAUCCAAGAAAACAGUUGUUUCUGAGUCCUCGUCACCGGAAUUUGCUUUUCCUGUGUCUAAGGGAAAUUUGGAUCCAGUGCAUUCCGAAACUAGUGCUCACGCACCUCCCUAUAGCUUCCAUCAGUCUUCACACUUGAGUGCUGUUUCCGCAAACCCCUCAGAGCAUGCUUCAUCUUCUUCUGAUGGCAGUAAUUUGCAAAAGCAUGACACUUCAGGGGGAAAAUAUGAACUUGCUUUGAUCUCCCAUGAGACGAACAGAAGUGUAAGAAAUGUCCUCGAGGCACUGGAACAAGCUAAAGUAUCACUGAGACAGAAACUCCACAGCAUACCACAGAUAGCGGGUGGACCUUCAGCCGAGGUUGCUGCACCCCCCUUUCCUGCCAGUGAAAUUCGUGGAAGAGUGGAGAUUCCUGCUGGAUGCCCGGCGCUUUUCAGAUUGCCAACAGACUUACAUCGGGAUACAACUUCUCAAGCAGGCUAUGCUUCUCUUCCUCCACAAUUCAGUAUGGUAAAUCGUUCCCCCGAAACUGUUUCUGAUAUGUUCUUCCCCAGCCAUUUCCUGGAGUCUCGAUAUACCUCUUCUGCAGGAAGUCCAUUCUCUUCCAUCCCCACCAACCCUUCUACACAACUUGGAUCAAGAAAUGCACCAUGGAGGCCAAUGUUCAAGCCUUCUGUUAAUACCAGCCUACCCUCUUCCUCAAGAUCAAAUCUUUUCGAUCCUCAGCCAAGUGUAGCCAGUCCUUUUUCUAGUAACCAUACUUUUCCAACCUACACGAUGACCCCGCAAUUAUCUUCUCCCAUCGGAUUCUCAUCCACCCAUCCUGACCGGGAAAACAACACGCCACCUCCUGCAACACGCUUCUCACUCUACGAUGAUCAUGUAAGACCAAAUAUGCACAGGUAGUAUCUUGCUACUGUUGCAGUUUUAAUGUCUGAAUGAAGAUCAAGUUCCUGCAUGAUCUUUUGAUCAAGUUUCUUUUCUUGACAUCACAUUUUUAUUUGGGUUAUAUAUUGUCAUUCAUUGCAACUGGGCACUUUAGGUUUAUAAAUGUUGUAUAAGCAGCUGUUGUUGUAUCUAAGAUAUAUAUAUUGGCUUGUAAACUUUUACAGUAGCUCAUAGAAAUGCGGUUUGUAAGCAGGUAAUAAACAACAUAUAUGUAACUUUCUCGUUAAUAAGUUAUAGUUUUCGUUAUAAGCUAA